AUGGCGGAACAGAACACCACACAAAGGGAUUUUCCGGUCUAUACAGACCUUCCAGUUGGCUACAUCAGGAUUCUGAAGAUCCUACCAGGCGACGCAGACAGCGACAUCUAUUGCCACUUCAGCCUCGUCUCACUCAGGAAGCAACCCGAUUACAUCGCGUUGUCUUAUGCCUGGGGUUCGCCGGAGAAAGAGGCAACACCAAAUACAAAGGCAACGACAACGAGGAAGAGAAAGGGGAAGGGGAAGACCCGCACCAUCUACUUGGAUGGUAAUCCUUCGUUCCCGAUACGCAAAAACCUAUGGCGCUUUCUCCAUCAAGCUCGAGAGCCGGCAUCAACAGUCACUGACUCGCAGAACGCCUUUUGGAUUGAUGCACUGUGUAUUGAUCAGUCUCACCCGGAAGAACGAAAGCAACAAGUUGGUAGCAUGCCCGAGAUCUAUGAGACAGCAAGAAUAGUGCUCAUAUGGCUCGGCCCAUCAUACCACAAUAGCGGCAUCGCAAUGUGGGAACUCACCAGACCUAUAUCGCACUGGCAAGCAAAGAAAAAGAUUAUCAGCGUCUGGACGAAACCAGUCGGCGCCGCUAUCCGCGGACUUUGCGGAAGGCCGUAUUGGAGGCGCCUUUGGAUAUUCCAGGAAAUCAUGCGAGCG